AUGCAACUUGAAGGAGAACAUAGCAAGAAAGAAUGUGAGCGAUACAAUUACACCACAACUGGUAAGACAACUGAGGAAGAAAAUGGUAUUGAGGAGGAAAUUAUGGCUAAGAGAAAACCCAAAAAGAGGAUCUUUUCUGACUUCAUAUUUGAAGGUGUUAAAAGCACUGAGGAGGAAUCGUGUGGGGCAGGUACAUUUCUACAAAAGGGAGAAGAUUUUGAGUUGGUGGCAGCGGUGACCGAACAGGUGCUGCAAGCCCUGUCCAAUGAGAACAAAAGAGGCGAGAAAAGGACGAAGAGACAACAGAAAGGAUCUGACUCCAAGAGACAGAGAGCACCAAGUUCAUCAGGUACAGAUUCUGGCAGUAAUGAGGAAUCAUCAAGUGAUUCUGACAGUUCAUCAUCAUCUGAAAGUGAUUCUGAUUUAUUAUCAGAUUCUGCAACAUCUCAGAUAUAG